UCUGAGAAGGAUCAUGGGCACGGUCCACGGGCACAAUCAGCGGGUGAUGGAGAGCGUUGGGAGGGUUCAGGACUUUAAAACGGGCGACGGAUCGGUGGAAGAGCACAUUGUUUUUAACGCUGCUGUGGAGAUAUUGAGGCUCGCUCGAUGUUAUCAAGUCGGCAUUACUUUCCAAGAUCCCUCUUUAGCUGAGGCGGCCGCGCGGGCCCUGGAUAGAGAGGGCGGGAAGGAAGGGAGGGAGGAACCGAGAGAGGGUACGACAGUACCGCGAGACCAUCCAUCCUCCUCGGGACUGGCC